AUGCUCAACGAGGUCGAGCUGGAUGAGUGGAACUCCUUGGUGACCAUCAGUCUCACGGUAUCCAAGACGGACCAGUAUGCCCGCGGCUGCAAGCGCACCCUUGGCUGCAGGUGCAAUGCCAAGGAGCCGGUAGUCUGCCCGUACUGCGUGGCGGGCGUGUUGGUGAACCACCAGGAGGCGAUGUCAGGCAUCGAGCAUGGUACAGAAGCUGCAGCCAACUGGCCGCUGAUCGGUCAGGAAGGAGACCCGUCGAAGCUGGUACCGAAGGAGUCCAUGCUUGCAGCGCUCAAGGAGGACGCCAUCUACCUCAAGGACCGAGGCUGGCUCAAGGACACCACCGAUAUGGACCUCGUCUCAGGGCACAGUCUCAGGAGGUCCGGGGUGAAGCAUUGGGUGAAAGCCGGAGCUUACAUCGAAGACGCCAGGGAGUCGUCGCCCGUGGUGCACAACAAGAUCGCGGAACACCAGGGACUGCAAGCUCAGAUAUCAGGGUUGGUCACGAAGGUUGGCAACUUGGAAGAGCUCACGAGCAAGAUCGCCGAAGAACACAAGAACCAGAAGAAGGUUGCGCACUUCGAUGAGGAUUCGGUGAAAUCCCUGUUGCGUGCCUACCUCAGGCCACCGGUGGUGACCAACUUGGCCACGUUGAAGUUCCAUGCCACCUCGAUGUCCAACAACCAGCUGAUGCCGAGUAGGUGGCAAACGGCGUGUGGAUGGUGCUAUGUAGCGGCCGGGCAACUAGUGAAGCCAGCUGCCUCAUAUGAGGAAAUUCCAACAGAAGCGUCGCCAUGCGCAAAGUGCAUGAACUAUCUGCCGUAUUGGGCGGCAGUGUAG